AGGAAAUCGAGUUCCGACGCCGAACCAGGCACUGAGGCGCUGGGGAUUCCGUAUACCCUUUCCCGAUUAGGCAGUUCCACUCCGACUUACACGACUUACAUCGUUGAGUUUUGCAGAUAAAGACAUACAAGUCACAGUUGCAUAUAUGAAUGCUGCUACAUUGAUCACUACUUCUGUAUCAGGUAGUACUAUCCCCUAGCACACCUCCCAAAAUGAGCGUCCCAGAACCAAACAAAGCGCCCCUAAAUUCAACCCUUGACUCUCGAGACGGCACAUCCUCCACCGACGACUCUGAACAUGAACCCACCAGCCCUGAGUCUGCCCCCAUCUCCCCCAAUGAAGAUGGCGCCGACGAUUUUGUACGCGGCUUCCGCUUCUGGACCAUCAUCAUCGGGCUCAGCGUAACCAGCCUGCUCGCCUCCCUCGAACACACCGUCAUCACCACCGCCGCGCCCUACAUCCUGCAGGACCUCGACCUACGGGAGAACUUCGUCUGGGUGACCAACGCUUUCUUCGUCUGCAGCACGGCCCUUGCGCCACUAUUCGGUCAGCUCUGCAACAUCUUUGGCCGCCGCUGGGUGUUUAUGGCCAUUGUAGCGCUGUUUACCCUCGGCAGCGGUAUCUGUGGCGGGGCCAGUUCGGGGUGGAUGUUGAUUGCGGGAAGGGCUAUUCAGGGGGCGGGAUCGGGCGGGAUUGUGUUGACGACGAAUAUUAUUGUGAGUGAUUUGUGUCCGUUGAGGAAGAGGGGGCAGUACAUGGCGGUGAUUUUGGCGAUCUUUGGGAUUGGGCUGGCCAUUGGCCCGUUUGUGGGGGGUGCGAUCGCGCAGAAUUCAAGUUGGAGGUGGGUUUUUUACAUGAACCUGCCCAUUGGUGGCUUGUCGCUCGGGAUUAUGUUUUUGUUUCUUCGUGUGGGUUCCGUCAAUGAGGGAUCGUUGACGGACAGGCUGCGACGGAUCGAUGUGGUGGGGAAUGGCAUUCUCAUGGCGGGCACGACGGCGAUUCUAUACGCUCUCAGCUACGCGGGGAGCAUCUACCCGUGGUCAUCAUGGCAUACCCUCGUCCCGAUGCUUAUGGGGCUCCUCGGAAUCGGUCUAUUCGCGUGGUUCGAGCUCAGCGGCAUCCCAGCCGAGCCCGUCAUGCCCGCGCGGCUGUUCAAGCAUCGCACAUCGAUCGUCGUCUUUGUCAACACCUUCCUUAACUCGGUCAUCUACUUUUGGUCUCUAUACUUCAUACCCGUCUACUUCCAGGCCGUGCUGCUGUACUCGUCCACCCGCGCGGGAUACUCGCUGCUCCCGCAGGCCGUUGCUGGCAUCCCUGGCGCCAUCAUCGCGGCCGUUUCGCUGAGCCGGUGGGGCAAGUUCAAGCCCAUUCACUUUGUGGGCUUUGCCAUGUCCACGCUUGGACUGGGCCUUUGUGCUCUACUGGACAAGAACACGUCGAUUGCCGAGUGGGCUGUCUUUCAGAUCAUCAUUGCCUUGGGCAUCGGCACUGUCAUUGACACGCUGCUGCCGGCUUUUCAGGCCCCCUUAUCGGAGGCCGACCAGGCCGUGGCCACGUCGACGUGGAGCUUCAUUCGGGGAUUUGGAUCUAUCUGGGCUGUUGCUAUUCCUGCUGUGAUCUUCAACAACCGCAUCGACGAGCAGCUGUCCAUGGUCUCGGAUGCCUCGGCGCGCCAGUUACUGGGCGGCGGGGGUGCCUACCAGCAAGCGUCUGCCAGUUUCGUCGAGCAAUUCUCUCCGGCGGUGCAGGAGGAGAUUAAAGACUUGUACACGUCGGCUCUGCACCGCGUGUUUUGGGUUGGCGCCAUCUUUUCCGGCCUCGCCUGCCUGCUUGUCCUCGUCGAAAGCGAUGUCCCGCUCAGAACGCAGCUGGAGACGCAAUAUGGGAUUGAGAAGAAUAAGAAGGAGAGAGCAGAGGACGUGGAAAACGGUUUUGGCAGGUCAAUCUGA